AUGGUUUCCCGUGCCGCUGACAUUUUAAAAGAUUUGAUGGUUGCUGAAAUGCGGGGAAAAGUCAUCCACGCCAAGAUUGAUUCAGCAUCGCGUCGAGGCCGCUCAUUCUUUGGAAUCAAUGUGCAGUUUGCCGAUGAGAAUAACUGUAUAGCCGUACGACACCUGGCAUUGCAUGAGAUGAUCGAGCGUCAAACAAAAGAGAAUUUAAAAGCAGUGAUGGAGCAUGAGUUCGAUAAAUUCAAAAUAUUGCGAAAGCAAUUACUAACAGUUGCCCACGAUAAUGGCGCAAACAUGGUGGCGUCUGUUAAACUGCUGAAACGUUUAGUCGACGAAGGUGAUGACGAUCAUGGUCCAUCGGUUGGAUCUACGGUACAGAAAGAAAAGGCUAUGAUCGAUGCUUAUCUGAAUACAUGCUCAAAUGAGGAUGUCGAAUAUGACCUUGACGAUGAAAAUGAACAACCUUGGAUCGAUGAAGGAGGCGAAAUGUCAGCAGAUGACCUUGAUACCGAUUCGGAUCACGAUAUCAACGAUGUCAACGAAGUAGAGGACGAAGAAAUUAUUGAAAUGCACCUCAUCGAAAGUACGAGGUGUGCUGCUCAUACGGCACAAUUAGCAGUUUGGGAUGUGUUGAAGCAGUAUAAAGGGCGAUUGGCAAAAAUCAACCAAGUUUGCAUCAAAAUGCGCCAUAAGGAAUUCCAGCAACUAUUCCACAUUCACAAAUAUCCGUUGCCACCUAAAGUGAAUGAGACUCGCUGGAAUGUAUGGUAUAUUGUUCUGAAAUAUUUGCUUGAUCUGCGCAUCAGCCCAUUCUUGCCCACUUUGGAAAAGACUGAUGCCUCUCUUGAUUUAUCUCGUCAAUGGCUGUUUAUCGAACGAUUUUGUACUGCCUUUGAGCCCCUGUUUGAGCUUACCUUGAGAUUGCAAAAGGACCAUGUACCUCUGUCUCAAUUUUAUGCAGACUGGCUAAUAUGCCAAGCAAAGCUCGACGGAAUCAAGGAAGGUAAUGUUUUGGCUGCAAAGCUCCUCAAGACCAUGCAGAACAGGAUUAGAAAGCUAAGCUCAACCAAAAUAUUCAAAGCAAGCUUGUAUUUGGAUCCGCGGUUCAAUUUCAUUGGUUCCAAGAGACUCAGCCCAGAUGACAAGAAAGAGGCACAGGAGUACUUGUUGGCGCUGGACCGUCAGCUGAACGAGAUAACCGGAACCAAAUUGGAGCUUGAUAACAGUAAGGAAAACGUUUCACCACAAUCAAAUUUCGUCGAAGACUAUUUGGCUGAUUUUUUCGAUGAAGACUCGUCAUCAUCUGUAUAUGCUCUGCCUGCGGAUGAUACGUUGUUGAUUGAAUUGAUUCAACUUGAAACCCGCGAGAAAGUCAGCAUUACGUUUCGACAAUCUCAAAGUCGAUUUGAUGAAGAGGUGUUCGACAUCGUGGCGUAUUGGAACAAACGCAAGUUUUCCAAUCCAAGACUGCAUCGUUUAGCUAUGGCAGUUCUUUCAGCUCCGUCGACGCAGGUUACUGUUGAACGACUAUUCAGUCGGACGAAGUUUAUCCUCACAGAUACUCGAAUGAAGCUGAAUGACGUGACGUUGAAAAACUUAAUGCUUCUGAAAAUGAAUUCAGUUUUACUUCCGAAAGUAGCAGAAAUAUUGGACAAUGAUUUCAAGUAA